AUGAUGAGCAGCACAAAAGUAUCACUGAAACCUGCCAAUGCCUCAGAGAACCGCAUGCCAGUAAAGAGCCAUAGAAGACAAGCAUCCAUUGGUCUCGGUAUUGUCACUCAUCUCACAGAGCCAACUGUGAUCGCUCCGCGACGACAGAGGAUUUCGAAGAACGACUCAUUCUUUGAUACAGCUGCAUCGCUUUCAAAUCCAAUGAAGCCUCCACCAUCACUGAGCAUACCCACCAAGCUCAAACAUCAUUGCUAUCAUCAGCAUCAGCACCAUCCAGAGACAGCAGGAGCAAGACCUACAUUUGCAGAUCGCAUCCGAAGCAUUGUAUUAGCCAAUAGAAAAACUGCCGCCAACACGCCGGUUGUUGAACGUAGCAACAGUAGUAGCAGUAAUAGUGAUCAAAAGAAAAAGAAUGGCAAGCUAAAGAGUAGCUCCAGCAGCACCCACAGCAGUAACAACAUCAACCUCUCGUUUCCUGAGGAAAAAAUCAUCCCACUCCCUAGUCCUGCACAGCCCUCGUUGUCGAGGACCAACACAUUUACCAGACACUUAGUAAUCACGCCUAUACUGACACAACAAGAUGCUGACACAGCCAUGGAAGAGGACGAGAGCCAUACACCGCCGCCUAGCUCUGCCAUUCCCAUUAUCUCACUCUCUCCUAGCUUUUCGCCCAACAAGACCAACGUGAUUCCACCACUGCAAGAAGUGCCCAUGCUGGGAGACAUGGAGGAUGAUCCAGAGUAUCACUGUAGCAAUGGCAAUAUCACUCGAGAGUUCAAAUAUCCUUCGCCCGCACCAACGCCUUACGACGAUGUUGAUAGUCUGCUAGGAAAGCAUAUUUGGAAGUUUCGCAUCAAAAAGCUCUUGGGAGUGGGCGCGUUCUCAAAAGUGUUUCUGGCCCACAACAUGGAAGAAGGCGGUUUGUUUGCAGUGAAGAUGAUCAACAAGGAAAGAAUGUAUCAAGAUUUAAGAGUGAAAUCCAGUAUAGAAAGAGAGGUUGGUGUUCUCAAGUUCCUCAAUCAUGGCCGCAUUGUUCAGUUGGAGGCGACUAUGGAAACAGAGCAACAUCUAUGUAUUGUGCUGGAGUAUGUUCAAGGCGGCGAGCUGUUUGAUUUUGUUCAACACAUGCAUAAUGAUAUACAUCAGGUUGGGAUACAGUCGAAUAUAGACGAGCUGCUGAUCAAAAGGCUGGCAUUGGAGUUGAUACAAGUUGUACUGUGGUUACAUGAGCAUAAUAUCGUACACCGUGAUCUCAAACUGGAGAAUAUCCUGGUUUACUUUGACGAAGAGACGGGUGAACCGCAUAUCAAGGUGACAGACUUUGGCUUAGCUCGCAUUGUCAAUCCACAGGAACCAAAAUUAACAACCCGUUGUGGCAGUGAGGAGUAUGCUGCCCCUGAAAUUGUGCAAAGUCUAGGCUAUGAUGGCCGCUUGACCGAUACAUGGUCUAUUGGUAUCAUCAUAUUUGCUUUGCUGGUUGGGUACUUACCAUUCACGUAUGAUGCGAGCAAGGGAGAGAAAAUUGCACACCUAUUCCAUCGUAUUGUGAUGGCACAAGUCAAAUGGCCACAAAAUGACAAUAUUAGCCUCGAAGCCAAAGAAGUGGUGGAGCAAAUUUUGGUGCGAAAUCCAGACAAGAGAGCUCGAUUACAACAGAUUAAUACCUUACCUUGGUUCACAACUUAA